AUGAAGCAUCACGUUCUUUUGCUGGCCGCCACGGCCGCCCACAUGGCUUUCGCCAAACCGAUCAGGGCCUGCCCUGCAAAGUCGCGCUCGACGACCGUCAUCACCUUCACUGUCGGUCCGACAUCCGUAGUCCCGACCCUUUCCCCCGUCCGGCCGACGCCGAUCGAGCAGCCGGCCCCGUCCGAGACCCCCGUCGAAGUACCCGUCGAGACCUCUGUUCAGGUGUCGCCGUCCGUCACCACUCCCGCGCUGUCUUCGGCCCCCGUGGGGGAGAAGGCUGCCCCAUCGUCGAGCAGCGUCAAUACCCCGGUCGUAUCCACGACACCGAUCAGCAGCGGCGAGACUAAACAGGGCAAGUCGACAUUCUACGGCGGCAAUACCUCCGGUGGCAUGUGCUCCUUCUCGACGUACACCAUCCCCUCGGGCCUAUUCGGCACCGCCUUCUCCGGCCAGGCUUGGGAUUCGGCCGCCCACUGCGGUGCUUGCGUCAAGGUCACUGGCCCCAACGGCAAUAGCUUGACGGCGAUGAUUGUCGACCAAUGCCCCGAGUGCGACGAGGGCCACCUCGAUCUCUUCCAAGACGCCUUCACCAAGCUUGGUUCCGUUUCAGACGGCAUCAUAUCGACUUCGUACGAGUUCGUCGAGUGCGGCAUCACGUCGCCCAUCAAGCUGCACAACAAGUCCGGUACAUCACCCCACUGGUUCUCCAUGCAGGUGUUGAACCACAACGAGCCCGUAUCGACGCUGGAGGUUAGCACGGACGGUGGAAGUACCUGGCAGGCGACGACGCGCCAGCAGUACAACUUCUUUGAGAACCCGAGCGGCUUCGGAACCGACUCUGUUGACGUUCGGGUGACGAGUGAAUCCGGAAGGAUUGUAACCGUCGAGGGCGUCAGCAUCGCGGCCGACUCUGAGCAUGAGGCAGCAGCCAACUUCUAA